AUGCGCUCUGGGGAGUUACUGCGGUUAUGGAGAUCACGACGUUCAUUCCUACCUGUGACUGCAGUCGCCGUGGACUCAAUGCGUUGGCAGUUGACCGUCUUUGGUGUUCGGGGACAUUCUAACACAAUCCCAACAACAACAACAACAACAAUGGGAACUCCAAUAAUUUCAGAGGAUGAUCACAAACUGGUGCCAAACACUCAUAUCAACAAGGGAUUUGAUGUUAAACUUCCCUUGAGUGCUUCUGAGGCGGAAACGGUGGAAGGCGGCAAUCUUGCUUCAUCCGCUAUCACUAGCGAAGAAAAGGAAAUAAAUCCUCAUACAACUCCAACUCCAACUCAAUCUCAAUCUCAAUCUCAAUAUCAAUCAACAACAACAGCAACAAUAGGAGGAGGAGGAGGAGGAGGAGGAUCUACGCGGGGAUAUGCUCCUUGGGAGAUUCGUGCACUUCUUCUUCCUCUCAUUCCCGUUGGCGGGGCCACUGUUCCUCUGCGGGAUGUUGUCUGUCUGCUGCCAAAGGCGGCGGGUGAGGAGAUGCGGCGUGAGGGAUCUCCACUAGCAUAUGUGCAGCGCCACUUCUCAGAUGAUAUCAUUGUGAAGGGAACUGAACUCACUCGUCGUGCUUUAGUUAUAAACAAUAGUGAUAAUAAUAAUAAUAAUAAUAAUAAUAAUAAUAAUAAUAAUAAUAAUAAUAUUAACAGUACUAGUGCGUUUAGGGGAAAUAGAAGAAGGGAAGCUGCACCACCACCCCCACCGCCUCCUAUUCCAACUGCUUCUACUAAUCAAACAGUCCCAAAUCGUUCUUCACAUCCUGGUAGUGGUUCAAGAAGUCCUUUAGAGGUUUUAGAUACGUUGGUGGAAUUUAUUCCAACCUUCUUUGUACAACCACAAAUGGUAGCUGAUCUUCUACCAAGUGAAAUUACAAAACAGUAUGCAGAUUCUUCUUUUCUUUUCUAUAUUAAACGAUUUCGACACUAUAUUGAUAUUCGAGCCCAUCAUGGGAAUACAGAAAUACGUUUACGACCUGAUUUUGCACAUCCAAAACGUGGAGUAGCGGAUACUCGAUAUACUUCAGGAAUAAGUGGAAGUGAUAUGAUGAGUCAAUUAGCACGUGGAAGAAGACCUCCACGAAAUUCAGAGGCGAAUUUAAUUCAUUUCAUUGUUCCUCGAAUGCCAACAACUUAUACACCUAUCGCAACAGUUCUUCAAGAUGUUUCUGAUAUCGUUUCACGUCAUCCUUCCUUUGAUCCACGGCUUGGAGUUACGGGUCUCUUUGAGAAGUAUCCAGAGUAUUUUCAAAUUGUGGAUGCAAAAUUACGAGUACGUCCAUUUAAAAGUGCACCCAAUUCAUUAGAUGAUUGCAAUGCAAACACUUCACCUCUUCCUGUUAUUUACGCUAAAAUAAAAUCGCUUGUAGAUAAGUAUGCAGAAGGGAAAGAUUACAGUGUAGAGGCAGAAAGGGCAGCGGCGGUGGUCCCAACAGGGAAACUAUACGCUCUUCUUAGUAAUGCUGAAAAGAUGGAAGUAAAGGCAAAGUGUCGAUCUUUUCCACGAUUUCUACGAUUACAUGGAGAGGAAAUUGUAGUCUCAGUAGAUAAUAUGAAAGUUUAUCAAUUUCGUCCCACUUAUGAGAAAUGUGCAGAGACUAUUAUGGAUCAACGACUCACUAUGAAUUCUCUCUCACCUGAUGAUCCUGUACUUAAAAUACCAGCAUCCAUGGAUGAUAACACUUCCGCCGAUUGGGCCGUACGGGAAUUAUAUGAUGCCCUUCCUCUUAUGCAAUGUGCAGAAUUGGAUGAAGUAAUGUCUUUAGUUCCACCUUCCGUUAAAAAUGCACUUCCACAAGAACAAGAAAAACUUAUUGAACAUCUCGCACUUUACCCGGAUUAUUUCUCUACAUGGCCUUAUCCAGAUGAUCCCACUAUUAUCGUUGUACAACGGGCAAAAUUAGAACCUCUUGCCUUGCAGCCAGAAGAUAUUGCCCGCAUGGUAUUGCCAUUGAUUCCACAGGGAGGUAUAGAGGCAUCGAAACUCUUGACUCGAGUGCCGCUUCCACUACAGCGUCACUUUUACAGAAAUGGAUUAAAGAAAGUGCUUGGUGAAAUGAAGAAUUACUUUUUGGUUAUCGGUGAUAAAGUGAUGCGCGUUGGUUGA